AUGAGUAGUCUAGAUGAUGAAUUCACUAGUAGUACCAAGGAUUCCAAGGAGCCAUUGAAUAUCAAUUCAUCUCGAUUAAUCGAUGAUGACAAUAAUGUCGAUGUUGGUGAUGUUCCGAACAUUCAUGAGUUGAACUUGGAUGCUGAGUUUGAUAAUAUACUAAACAAUCAUCAUAAUAAUGACUCAACAUCAACUUCAUUUGAGAAUCAUAAUCACAAUAAUAAUAACAACCAUACUGCAUCAUCAUCUACUUCUAAUAACAACAUACGACUGAGUUCAAUAUCAAAUACAAUUGAUCAUAAUAACAAUGACUUAACAUCAACUGAUUUGGAUUUAAACAACCUACAUGAUUUAGAUUUACCAUUGCAUAAUACUCCUUUAUCAAAAGUUGUCAAUGAAAUUGAACAAGAUGAUGUGAAUAAUAGAACAGUUAGUAAUUCACCUCCAUCACACCACGAUGAUAAUGUUGAUCAACACCAAAGCUUAACAAAGCAUCUCAAAUCAAACUUAUCACCAAGUCAACAAGAAAUAAGGCGGAAUUCGUUAUUAGUACCUAUAACAUCUGAAGCUCCUUUAGAUAAAGCAUCUUCAAAACAACAAACACCAACAAAUAAUAAUAACAACAAUUCAAGUCACGUUGAUGAUGACGAUGAAGAAUCAUCCAAAAUAUCAGCUUAUGCAAGAUUAGAUUUUGAAAACUUUACUUUCUUUGUUCAAACGUUACAAAUUAUACUAGGAAGAAAAUCAAGUGAUGAUUUAUUACAAAGUAGUCAUCAUGCAGUUGAUGUUCAUUUAUCAUCUAAAAAGGCAAUUUCAAGAAGACAUGCAAAGAUAUUUUAUAAUUUUGGUACGCAACAAUUUGAAAUAUCCAUCUUAGGUAGGAAUGGUGCAUUUGUUGAUGAUUUAUUUGUUGAAAAGGGUAUAACAGUACCUUUAAGUGAUGGAACUAAAAUUCAAAUUGGUGAUAUUCCAUUUCAAUUCAUAUUGCCUUCGAUUGAACCAAAUGAUGAUGAGGAAUCUAGUAACAUAAAUAGCCAAAAACAAUUCAAUCCUACUGAUGCCAUCAAUUUAAGAUCAAAUUUAUUAAACUCAUCAAAAUCACCAACUCCUAAAGUAAAACAAUCACCUAAGAAGGAUAAAAAGGAUAAAGCCAAAUUAGAUGAUAAAAUACCUGAGAUUGUGGUGGAAGAUAUAACAAAACCUUCAUCAUCAUCCUCAUCAUCACAGAAAAAAUCAAAGCAUAGCGAUUCAAUGUCAAGUAAUGAAAUUGCCAAUAGUAGAAGAAAUUCCAUAUUGAAAAUACGAAGAUUAUCCAACGCAAGAAGAAAAUCAUUAGCAAGUUCUGCCAAUGAUGAAAUCAAUGAUAUUUUGAAAGAAUUAGGAGUGAGUUCUAUUGAUGCCAUUAAUGAAGAGAAUUCUGAAGUAUUAGAUAAUCAAUUACAAAGUUUACUUGAUGAUGCUGGUGUUGAUGAUAUGGAACUUAAUGAUCAAUUAAUGAAAUUAUCUCAAUAUAGUGAAUCAGCCAUUGAAGAAGAAGAAGAUGAAAUUGAUAAACUUGUUAAACAACAUAAUUUAACUCAAGGUGUCAAUCUUGAUGAUGAUGACGAUGAUGAUACUUCUAAUAAUGAUAAUAAUAAUAGUCAAAAUGAUAUGGAUUUAUCGAUGUUGGAUCAAGAAAUUGCAACUUUGGCACCAUUAAUCGAUGCUCAUAAUGAAGGAUUUAUAGAUGAAGAUAGUAAACUCGAUGAUAAGAAGAAAAAAUCGUUAUCAAAUCAAAAGAAAUCAAUCACGGAUAGUAAUGAUAAAACUCAACAAACAAUACGUACAACUCCACUCAUGGGUAAACCUGCCACCAUUCCAAGAAUGGGGAAAUUGGCUUCAAUCCAGCCACCUGCAUCAAGAUUAUUCACAAGAGGUAUUAAUGGAUUACCUGGUACUGAAAGUUCAUUAGUUGUGCUGCCGGCUGGAACAUCUAAUUUAAUAGGUACAGGUACUCCAACACCUUUGAAAGGUAGUGCUACCAUUAACAACAAUAACAAUAAUAAUAACACAACUACUAGUCCUUUAAGUGCAUCUGUUCCACCACAGCCUCCAUUACCACCACCACCAAAGUUAGAGGUACCUGUUUUAGAAAUUACAUCCGAACCAACUACUAUAAGAUCUCGUCCUCCAUUAAGAGCCAUCACAGUUAAAGAAUUUGAACCAAAUUUAACUAAUUUCAUGGUCCCUAAGACUUUGGAUGAACCAUCUAAAUAUCCUAAACCAAAGAGAAAGAAGGAUAUUUCUAAAAGAGUAUCUAAAAAAGUCUAUAGUUUGGAUGAAAUCCCUGAGAAUUAUAGAUCAAAACCUUCACUUUCAUAUCAAUCAUUAAUUACUUUGGUAUUAAGAUCGCCAAAUAGUACUUCUGGAUUAAGUCUUAAUGAAAUUUAUGAUGCAAUUAAAGAACUUUAUCCUUAUUAUACUUAUUGUCCUGAUGGUUGGCAAUUUUCUAUAGCUCAUAGUGUUAAAUUAAAUAAAACUUUCAAGAGAACGAUCAAGAAGGCCGAUGAAUGGAUUUAUACUAUGGAUGAAUUGUAUAUUGGAGAAAGAGAAAAAGCUAAGAAGAAGCAGCAAGAAAUAGCAUCAGCAAGAGCCAAAGAAGCCGCAUUAAAAGCGGAGGAAUUGAAGCAAAAGCAAAGAAUCGAAGCUCAACAAGCAGCAGCUGCAGCAGCUGCGGCUGCUACUUCCACACCAUCUUCAACAGCACCUCUUGUUGGAAGAAGCUAUAAUACUUCACCUUAUGGAUUGCCAUUAAAUGCUGGUAUUCGUCCUGGAGCACCAAAUUCAUACUUACCACAAGGAGCAUAUAAACCACCCAUUCCAGUUGGUGGUGGUGUUGGUACUAAUGGACAAAAACCUAAAACUAUUGCUGAAUUGGCUAGUGAAAUUAGAAGAGAUGGUAAUAUUAAUUCUAAAGCUCCAAUCUAUUUCAAACCUCAAAGUAAUUUACCAGUGACAAAUUCAAGUAAUACUUCCAGUAAUAAUAAUACUAUUAAAGCUCAAUUGGCAGCUAAUAGAUCACCACCAAAUUCCCAAUCUCCAGCACCACAAUCAUCAAAUUCACUGAGUCCAAUAGGAUCAAUGAAUCAAGAUAUGAAGAAAUCUUUGGCAUACUUACAAAAGGAAUUAUUCACAUUAUAUAAAGCAAGAAAUUUAUCUUAUAAUACUGCUACCACCACUGAAAUUAUUACCAAGGCAUUGGCUACUACUAUUGCCCAAGUUAACGUUAUUGGAGCUAAAGCAGGUUGUGGUGAUAAUGCUUUAAGUUUCUUAGUUGAAAAAGCACCACAACAAGUGAGUAAGAUUUUGGAUAUCGCUUUGACGAAAUCUAUUAAAGAGAAACAAGGUAUUAUUUCAUCAAGACCUACAAGUAGAGGUGCUACACCAGGACCUUCAGCUCCUCCAACUCCAGUGAAACAAGAAGUAAAGGCUCCAUUUAGUCAAGCUUCGCCUGUCGUUCCAACUAAACCAACUAUUCAAACACCACCAGUACCAUUAGCUGCCCCUACUCCUUCGUCUGUUGCUAAACCUGUUGCUAUUGUUAAACCAGCUCCAACUAUUCCAGUUGUAACUCCAAAGGUUGAAAGCAUUCCAAAAGCAUCUGUUGUUUCUCCUCCUGCUCAAAUUGUCAAACCAAUUAUUACAGCAACAACACCUUCUCAACCCUUCCCAAAACCAACCCCACCUACAAUCACCCCACCAACCAUUUCAAGACCAUUAGGAUUAUCAAAACCACCGAGUUAUAAAGCAGAUUCGUUAGGUCGACCACCUAAUUUCUCCAGUCCACCAUCAUUAUCUAAGCCUGGAGGAUUUGCCAAACCUGGAGUUGGAGGAAGUGGAUUAUCUCGUCCGCCAACGUUCUUAUCCAAUAAACCUGGAUUAAGAGAAGCCAAUCAAUCUACAACUGGGGUUAAACGUGAUCUUGAUGAAAAUGAUAAGAAUAAUAAUGAGAAUGCGAAGAAGAUUAUCAAGACUGAAUAA